CUGUUCGCGUCCAACGGAAGUGCGACUGUUGUUUAUCCGGCAGUUAGCCUACUCGCCGUUGGAGAAACGAUGGCCAGUUAUGCAGCAAAACAAGGACCUAAAAUUGUCUCCAAAUCAUCUGCGGGAGGCUCCGGGCCGGCAGGGGUUGGCGGCGGCCUCCCGGCUAUGCCCAUAGCCUCUCCGCUCAUGGGGAAAAAGAAGAAGCCUUUUCUGGGGAUGCCCGCUCCCCUGGGCUACGUCCCCGGUCUGGGUAGAGGUGCAACUGGUUUCACCACCCGAUCUGAUAUUGGUCCUGCUCGCGAUGCCAACGAUCCAGUGGAUGACCGACAUGCAGCUCCAGGGAAGAGAACGGUUGGGGACCAAAUGAAAAAGAACGAGGAGGAUGAGGAAGAUCUUAACGACACAAACUAUGAUGAGUUUAAUGGAUAUGCUGGUAGCUUGUUCUCCAGUGGGCCCUAUGAGAAGGAUGAUGAAGAAGCAGAUGCUAUAUAUGCAGCACUGGACAAGAGGAUGGAUGAAAGGCGCAAAGAAAGAAGGGAGCUGAGAGAAAAGGAAGAAAUUGAGAAAUACCGUAUGGAACGACCCAAAAUCCAGCAGCAGUUUUCAGAUCUGAAGAGGAAGUUGGCAGAGGUGUCAGAGGAGGAGUGGCUGAGCAUCCCUGAGGUGGGAGAUGCCAGGAAUAAGCGGCAGAGAAAUCCCCGCCAUGAGAAACUCACCCCUGUCCCCGAUAGCUUUUUCUCCAAACAUCUGCAGACCGGAGAGAACCAUACCACUGUUGACCCUCUGCAAGCGCUGGGAGGUCUGAACACGCCUUACCCAGGAAGCAUGACACCGGGGACAGGAGAGCUGGACAUGAGGAAAAUCGGUCAGGCCAGGAACACACUCAUGGACAUGAGGCUCAGCCAGGUGUCUGACUCAGUGAGUGGACAGACAGUGGUGGAUCCUAAAGGUUACCUGACUGAUCUUAACUCCAUGAUCCCCACACAUGGAGGAGACAUCAGUGACAUCAAGAAGGCUCGUCUGCUACUGAAAUCGGUGAGGGAGACCAAUCCUCAUCACCCGCCUGCCUGGAUUGCCUCUGCCAGGCUGGAGGAGGUGACGGGCAAACUGCAGGUGGCCAGGAACCUGAUCAUGAAAGGCACAGAGAUGUGUCCUAAGAGUGAGGAUGUGUGGCUCGAGGCAGCCAGGCUUCAGCCUGGCGACACAGCCAAAGCCGUGGUAGCCCAGGCUGUCCGCCACCUGCCACAGUCCGUCCGCAUCUACAUCAGAGCUGCAGAGCUAGAGACGGACAUGCGGGCUAAGAAACGAGUCCUCAGGAAGGCUCUGGAGAAUGUGUCCAAGUCAGUUCGACUGUGGAAGACGGCUGUCGAGCUGGAGGAGCCAGAGGAUGCUAGGAUCAUGCUAAGCAGAGCUGUGGAGUGUUGCCCUACUAGUGUGGAGCUGUGGCUGGCUCUGGCCCGGUUAGAGACGUACGAGAACGCACGUCGUGUCCUGAACAAAGCUCGAGAGAACAUCCCCACCGAUCGUCACAUCUGGAUCACUGCUGCGAAGUUGGAGGAGGCCAAUGACAACACUCAGAUGGUGGACAAGAUCAUUGACAGAGCCAUCACUUCUCUACGCGCCAACGGCGUGGAGAUCAACAGAGAGCAGUGGAUACAGGAUGCAGAGGAGUGUGACAAAGCAGGCAGUGUGGCUACCUGCCAGGCCGUGAUAAGGGCUGUCAUAGGGAUUGGUAUUGAGGAGGAGGACCGCAAACACACCUGGAUGGAAGAUGCCGAUAGUUGUGUUUCCCAUGGAGCGCUGGAGUGUGCCAGGGCCAUCUAUGCCCAUGCUCUGCAGGUGUUCCCCAGCAAAAAAAGUGUCUGGCUUAGAGCUGCCUACUUUGAGAAAAAUAACGGCACCAGGGAGUCUUUGGAGGCCCUGCUCCAAAGGGCUGUGGCUCACUGUCCCAAAGCAGAGGUCCUGUGGCUGAUGGGGGCCAAGUCCAAGUGGCUGGCUGAGGACGUACCUGCCGCCAGGAGUAUCCUUGCUCUGGCUUUCCAGGCUAACCCUAACAGUGAAGAGAUCUGGCUGGCUGCUGUCAAGCUGGAGUCUGAGAAUAACGAGUAUGAAAGAGCCCGUCGACUGCUGGCCAAGGCCCGCAGCAGUGCCCCGACAGCCAGGGUAUUUAUGAAGUCGGUAAAGUUGGAGUGGGUUUUGGGGAACAUAGACGCUGCCCAGGAGUUGUGCACUGAGGCCCUGAAACACUACGAGGACUUCCCCAAACUUUGGAUGAUGAGAGGCCAGAUAGAAGAGCAGUGUGAAAACAUGGAUAAGGCCAGAGAGGCCUACAACCAAGGGCUGAAAAAGUGUCCUCACUCGGGGGGCCUGUGGUUGCUGCUGUCUCGUCUUGAAGAGAGAGUGGGACAGCUGACCAGAGCCAGGGCAAUCCUGGAGAAGGCACGACUCAAGAACCCCCAGAUCCCCGAGCUAUGGUUGGAGUCGGUGAGGCUGGAGUUCCGGGCUGGACUUAAGAACAUCGCCAACACACUAAUGGCCAAAGCCCUGCAGGAGUGCCCCAAUUCAGGUAUCCUGUGGGCUGAGGCAGUGUUUUUGGAGGCCAGGCCCCAGAGGAAGACUAAGAGUGUGGAUGCUUUGAAGAAGUGUGAACAUGAUCCCCACGUCCUGCUAGCUGUUGCCAAGUUGUUCUGGAGUGAGCGUAAGAUCACCAAAGCCAGAGAGUGGUUCCUGAGGACAGUAAAGAUUGAGCCAGACCUGGGAGAUGCUUGGGCUCUCUUCUACAAGUUUGAGCUGCAGCAUGGCACAGAACAGGAUCAGCAGGAAGAGGUGCGAAAGCGCUGUGAGAAUGCGGAGCCCCGCCAUGGAGAGCUGUGGUGUGCCGAGUCCAAACACGUCCUGAACUGGCAGAAGAAGACAGGAGAGAUCUUAGCGGGGGUAGCCAGCAAGAUCAAGAACACAUUCUGAAAAAAGGAAAUUUGCCCUGUAAACACCUGGAGGACUCUGGCAGUCACCAGUCUAGGAGGAAACGGCUAUGGACAUGCUCAACUAUUGUUCUCUACCAGGACUUUCCAAUCUGCGGCAGAUACAAAACAUUCACACACACCACUUACCUUACAGAUUUUAUUGUUCUUCAAAACCAAAUCACAGUUUGUAUACUUAUCAACAGAAACUAAUAAUUAAAAGAUUUCAUGUCAAAGAGAAAGCAAAGUACCUAUUUUAAACUUUGCUGAUUACACUCUUCAUGUGAGUAAAUAGCAGCAACAGGAGUAGGUUUUUGUUUGACAGAUCUGUGGGGUUUUUUUUUGACUCAGCAACUCCAGAAAAUAACAUUUUGGUUUGUAAGCCAUUCCUGUGUAACUUUAGCUUUGUAUUUGAGGUAUUUGUCCCAAGUCUGCUUCCGGACUGCUGCAGGUUGUCCUCUGGGAUUUAAGCUCUUUCCUUUUUUAGCUUCUGAUGUAUGCACAGUGUCUCCCAUCUCACACAUAACACCCCAUAGGUCCUUCAGAGUUCUUGGAAAUGUUCAUGUACAAUAACUUUUGUUAUUGGGAUCCAGCCAUUACCAUCAAUGUGAAAACAUGUUAACUAGUCUAUUGUUUUGCCAUGCUGUUAAUUCGUCAAUUCAGUUUGGCUUAAGCAGUGUGCCAGUUCUGUGUGCCGAAUUGAAAUUGAGUGAAAAUCAUGCCAGACCAGCACUGUACCGGCCAGGCUUUGGAAUGCAUCCCCAGGUCACUCCUUGAUUACACACAAUAAUAAUAACAAUUACUAGAUCAAUACAUUUAUUUGUCUAUUUUUCUGCUGAUUAGAGUCGAAAUUCUAAUUGCAGUAAGUGUACUUAUACAAAACACACAGGUUGAUUAAUUCCACCUUUACAGUAUUUUUGGAAUGAACUCUUUAGGUAUCAGGUGAUCAGAUGUUAUUGUCUUUGUUAUAACAAAAAGAACUACAUCUUAUUUUUGAGGAUUUCUUUUUUCAUGUCCAGAUUUGACUUGUCUGUUUUUAGUAGUUGUGUAUAUAAACUCCUCGUCAAGGACUAUUA